AUGUGCUGGACAGUUCUGCAGGUGCUGGCCCUUCUGAAGCUGACCGCUCAGUCUGCGGCCGAAACCGGGUGUGCAGGGGACCAGCGGUGCUUCAGGGGCUCCUGCUACGAGUUUGUGGGGCGUGAGGUGUCUUUUCACGAUGCCCAACACUGGUGUGAGGACCGGGGAGGACAUCUGGCAGUCAUCCCUGAUAAAGGAACCCAGCAUUUCCUGGAGAGACACCUGAAUUUUAAAAACGACACGUGGAUCGGACUGCCAUUUUCAUCCUCUUCAAAGCAACAAUAUUAUUUUAAUGAUGGAGGUCCCCAGUCCUGGUGGAAUGGUUCACAUGUCCUCUAUUCUAAGCGGGCGGGGGCCGUUUGUGGACACCUGUCGGGGAACCUGAGCUUCCACUGGGAGACCACAGGAAACUGCACCAAAAAGAAAACCUUCAUCUGCCAGUUCAAGUCCAGGAGAAGCGUCGUGUUUCCGGGAGACAGCAGAACUCUGCUGUGCAGUUCUGGUCAAACUUUAAUCAUAGACGGGGGCUUUUAUGGGCACAAGAACCGUCCAUCCAGGCUCUCCUCACCCACAGCCACUCAAGAUGAGUGUGGCUGGGUUGAUGUGCUGGACUCCAUUAAAGAUAUUUGUCAAGGAAGACGGGUCUGUCAGCUGACCAGGGUGGUGAACUCUGUCAGAAAACUCUGUCCUGAGCCCAGCAGAUACCUGACUGUUCACUACCGCUGCGUAGAGGGUACAAAUGUGGUCUACAGAAUCCAAAGAGGUGAGGAGUUGUUGGCUGGCAUGUCCGUGGUCCAGGGAAGCAUUUCCCAGAACAUCACAGUGACUCCAAAAAUGGUCCAGAAGCUCGGGUCAGGCUGCCACAAACUCACCCUCCACGCAUCCAACAUGGUCACUUUCCCAGAGGUGUCCAGAGAUCUACAGGUUUGCAUUGUGGAGGAAAUAUCCGGGCUGCGGGCAGCUGUGGUCAGGGAAAGCUGUGUCCGUCCCCACGGCGCUCUGGGUGUGUCCCUGACCCGGGGAGCACCCGUCCAGCUCUUCUUCUCUCUCACGGGAGACCACGGCUCGUUCUCUGAGACCAAGCGAAUGAAUUCAAAGAGGAGGGUUUUUCACAUCAGACACCCCAUUCGAGCUCUGCUCAAGAAAAAUGGCCAACUGUCCGGGCAGCGCAUGGGGCAGCUCAUCACCUCUGUGGCCAACAAACUCAACGAUCAAUCUGUUGAGUCAACGGAACAAGAGAGGCUGAAGCUUCGGGAAUUGAUGCUGCAGACAAUGAUAAACGCGAUUCAAGAAGCUCUGGUCAGCACUCCAGUGGACGUUCAGGUGGUCGCCAGAGGACUGGAGGCUCUGGUCCAGAAAGGCUCCGAACUCACUUUACCUGCUCAGAAAAACAUCUCUGAUGUUCUUCUUGGAACUCUCAGCAACACACAAAGCGCACUGCUAACACAGAAGGAGAUCAAUGAGGGGCCAACUAUCGUCAAUCAAUCCCAAAUUAGUAUGCUUGUCAGUAGAGUGACAACUGAAAACUUACACAGGGAAUCUCUGAGUGUUGCCAACAGUUCCCGACCUGCAUUCUCUCUCCCAGAGCUUCCUCCCAACAUGUUUUCCACGGAAAAAUCAGUGGAUAUUCGGAUUCUGUUGCCAAGGGAUCCCGGAGAACCAGAGAGCUCCUCCGUUCUGGACCUGGGAAACUACAGCACCACGGUCAUAGACGUCCCUUCAGCUGACACCACACUGGUGUUAAAGCUGCUACCUUCAGUGGAUCCUUUACCUUUCAAAGUCUUUCUCGGUCACAUGGAUUACCCCACACAGUCAAACUUUGUAGCAAUGACACAGAUGCCUCAGCAGGGACUCACACAAGAGGAGAGGUACACGUGGCUGCUGGACCCGAAACUUUUAAAAGGAAACACUGGGCUGCAUUAUCUGGUGGUGAGGCCGAUUGUGGGUCCUGGUGUCAAAUCCAUCAACGCCAGUUUAUCUGUUUCCUCCAUCACUUCUUCAUGUAAAUUUUGGAAUGAAACACAAUUGGACUGGAGCGAUUCUGGAUGCAGAGUUGGUGUGAAGAGCACUCAUCUGGUCACCCAGUGCCUCUGCAACCACCUCACCUUCUUUGGGAGCUCCUUCUUUGUCACCCCGAACCUCGUGGAUCCAUCACGCACCGCUGAGCUGUUCGCCAACUUUGCUGAGAAUCCGGUGGUUGUUUGCUUUGUGGGGGCGCUCUUUGUUGCUUUUCUGUUGGUGGUUGUGUGGGCACGAAGGAAAGACAUCCAAGACAAAGUCAAGGUGAAGGUGACAGUACUGGAAGACAAUGACCCAAUGGAGAGGUACUGCUAUUUGCUGAGUGUCAGCACUGGGCAUCGAAUAGGAGCCUCUACCUCCGCUAAGGUUGUGGUCACUCUUCUGGGAUCACGGCAAAACAGCGAACCCCAUCACCUGACCGACCAAAAGAAACACUUAUUUGAGAGGGGUGCGGUGGAUUUGUUUCUUCUAACAACCCCAUUCUCACUUGGAGAGCUUCAGGGAAUCAGACUGUGGCACGACAACUCAGGGAGUCAUCCUGCCUGGUAUGUUGGGAACAUCAUGGUGAAGGAUUUACAGACGGAGGAGAAAUGGCAUUUUCUCUGCAACUCCUGGCUGGCGAUAGACCUGGGCGACUGCUGCCUCGAUAAAGUCUUUCCUGCUUCAACAGAAACGGACUUGAAGAGCUUCAGCAUGAAGACAACAAAGGACUUUAGUGACGGACACCUUUGGUACUCGGUCAUCGGUCGUCCGGCCAACAGCUCCUUCACCUGUGUCCAGCGGGUGUCCUGCUGUUUCUCCCUGCUGCUCUGCACCAUGUUGACCAGCAUCAUGUUUUACGGGAUCCCAGAGGAUCCCUCUGACCAGGUCAUGGACUUGGGUCACUUUGAAUUUACGUGGCAGCAGUUCAUGAUCGGCGUGCAGAGUUCCCUCAUCAUGUUCCCAGUGAACAUCCUCAUAGUGGCUGUGUUCAGAAACACUCGGCCACGGGAGACGCCUUGUUGUCAGAGACAAACCGAGAAAACAAACCAAGGGAAGCAAAUCGCUCUUCAGGAGGAAAACGCUUUGCAGAUAGUUCCCCCGAAGACGGAAAAAAACAACCUUCCAUGCGCUGGGUUUGAAGUAGCUGAUAUAAAUGCUCUUCUAUCCAAGGUGGAAGCCUUCCUAAAAGAAAAAGAUGAAACCAGUAAUGAAACCAAGUCUCCUCUCCCAGCAUCGACACCGGAGGGGAUUCCAGCAGACAGCUAUGAGAUCCAGUACCUGCACAGGCAGCUGUGUCACACUGAGAAGGAGCUGGCGUCCAGCUCAGCUGACCCUCACAGUCACCAGGCCCUGCAGAAGGUCCGGCACAUGAAGAGCUCCCUCCAGGCUCGCCUCAUCCCGUCUGGCUCCACUCACCUCCAUGAACCUUUGUAUGACAAUUACAGGUCGGUUCCAGCAGAUGGCGCUGCUACUGCUGGUGGUCAGAAAAGAAAAGUGUGCUGUUCUGGGAUGCUACCCUGGUGGUUCAUCUUCGUUGGCUGGCUCCUGGUGAUUGGCACCAGUUGCGUGUCGGGAUACUUCAUCAUGCUGUACGGGCUGAAAUUUGGAAAGGAGCGCUCCAUAAGCUGGUUGGUGUCCACCAUUGUCUCCUUCUUCCAGAGUAUUCUCCUCAUUCAGCCACUGAAGGUGGUGGGUCUCGCAGUCUUCUUCGCACUGGUAAUAAAAAAAGUUGAUGAUGAAGAUUUACAAAAUGUCACGUUUGAAAGCAUGAACAAAAAUCAAGGUCAUUUUGGGAACGUACAGAUGAGCAGGCGAGAUGUUGGUCUGUACGAGCCGCCUCCGUCUGCAGAUGUCCAGAUAAUGAAAAGGAAUAGGGUUUUGGAGCAGAGGGCUUUUGGACUCCUCAGGGAGAUUCUGGCCUACGUCGGGUUCAUGUGGAUGUUGCUGCUGGUGGCUUAUGGCCAGAGGGACCCCAAUGCUUUUUUCUUGAACCAACACAUUAGGAAAAGCUUUACUGACAGUGUCCCGGAGAGCAUGAGCCUUCAGGACGUGUUCACCUGGGCCAACACCUCUCUUCUGACAAACCUCUUUGGAAAUUAUCCAGGUUUUAUCACUGAUGGAAACUCCAAGCUGGUGGGCAAUGCCCGUCUGCGUCAGCUGAGGGUUCAGAAGAACCAGUGUCAGGUUGGAGAUCCCGUGCUGGCGCUGGUGGCAGAGUGCCACGCCCCGUACGUGGGGGGGGUGGAGGACAUGGGCUCCUAUGAACCGGGCUGGAACCGCACCGUAAACGACAACAGUAGUGAAAACGCCUCCGGGCCCUGGAGAUACCGGACACAGGCUCAGCUCAGGGCUCAGCCCUUCUGGGGCAGAAUGGGGCUCUACAGGGGGGGGGGCUUUGUGGUGGAGCUCGGCCCAGACUUAUCAAACGCGAGCAGCACCCUGGAGUAUCUUUUUAGGAAUAAGUGGCUGGAUGUGUACACAAGGGCCAUCUUUGUUGAGUUUACUGUUUAUAAUGCAAAUGUGAACCUCUUCUGCAUUGUCACACUCCUGAUGGAGACCUCAGCCGUAGGAGCCUUCCAGUUUUCCAGUGAUUUGCAGAGUGUCCGCCUUUACCAGUCAACAGGGGGCCUUUACUUCUUUGUCAUGGCAGCUGAGAUCGUUUACAUGCUUUUCAUCCUCUAUUACAUGGUCCUGCAGGGCAAACUGCUGAAGCAGCAGGGCUGGGUUUACUUUAAAAACAAAUGGAACCUUCUGGAUCUGAGUAUCAUCCUUCUGAGCUGGAGCGCCUUGGCUUUCUUCAUCAUGAGGACCCUGCUUGGAAACCGAGAUAUGUCCUUCUAUCAAAAAAACAAAGACCAAUUUGCCAGUUUUUAUGAGACAGCCUCUGCAGACUUAAUGUUCCAGUAUCUGAUCGCCUUCAUCGUCCUUCUGGCCACGGUCAAACUGUGGCAUCUGCUCCGACUGAACCCCAAAAUGAACCUGAUCACUGCGGCCCUGCAGCGAGCCUGGAGUGACAUUUCUGGUUUUCUCGUGGUCAUUAUCGUUGUGUUCGUGGCGUACUCUAUGACAAGCAAUGUGAUUUAUGGCUGGAAGAUUUCAUCCUACAAAACGUUUUCUGACUCUCUUCUGACCAUCAUUAGUUUGCAGAUUGGCAUUUUUAAUUAUGAUGAGGUGUUGGAUAGCAACCCCGUGCUCGGUGGAUUACUCUUUGGUUCCUGUGCUGUGUUGGUGACAUUUGUGUUGCUCAACCUCUUCAUUUCAGUGAUUCUUGUCGCUCUACAAACAGAGCAAUUGCACCAUAAGCCCUCAGAGGAGGAGGAGACCGUGGACAUCAUGCUAAAGAUUAUAUGUAAUCUCUUUGGAAUAAGACAUAAAACGGAAAAUGUCGCCCCGGGGCCGGAUAUGAAUGGCAGCAGUGAUGUGGCCCUUAACAAUGCACAAAUAUGUCCAUAACACCUCUUUAGAUUAAUUUAACUGUUUUAAAAAACAUGACAACUAAGCUAACCCUACAGGGUAUGGCAUAAUUAGUCAUUUUCAUAUUUUAAUGUUUUCUUGUAUGGUAAUUAAAUCAGAGAUUAAUUCAUUAGAGAUCAUGGCUCCUGACUUGAUUUCUACUUUGAAUCAAAACAAUCUUUACUGUUUCCUAUCUGAUCUUCUAAAAUGGUCUUUGUGUUGAGCAUAUCUGAUGUACCACAACAUUUUUUUGAAUAACUAUGUUACUGAGCAUGCACAAAGAUGGAAAUAGUUUAGUACAUCUGUCAUUAUAUUGGAUUAAAUUACUCUGCCUAAGCAACCUUAGUCUGGUACAAAAUCUUUCUUACAUUAAUUCCACUAUUUAACAACAUCAAAAUUCAGUUUCUCUUGUGGCUUUUU